CCUGUUCUUCCCUGCUGUUCUUUAGAGGAGCCUGAACGGGGACAAAACACGCUGAACUCGACACAAAGCAGGGGGGCACACGCUGGCGCUGGCGCUAGAGGCGAGCCCUGGGGGCUGGGGCUAGAAGCGAGCGGGCGGGGGAGCUCAGUCGCGGGGCCAGAGAAGCUGGUCUGGAACUCGGAGCCCAGGACGGAGCGGAGGAGCCUUGGAAGGAAGGCAGCAGCGCCCCGGAGGCUGAGUGUGCAGGGACACUCUUGGCAGGCAAGGCGGCGGCGGCGGCAGCGGCAGGAUGGAGAGGAAAGUCUCCUGAAGAGCACCAGCAAACUUCAGCGGUGCCCUAGCUUCCCUGACCUCUCUCUUUCCGAGCUUCCCUCACCGCGCGCCUUGUCCUGUCUUUCCCCAUGUGCAGCCUCCCGGCUGAAGCUCUCCUCUUCGCAGGCGGAUGGGUGACCCUUUUCUGGCAGGGGCAGGCUGUUUGAGGCGGCGGAGCAGGCGAUGAAGAAGAAGCAGCAGCAACAGCAGCACCACAGCAGCACCGACCCCUGGACCCAUGUGGCCCCCCUGGGAGGAGCCCCUCCGGGGCCGGGCAGCUGGAAACGCCCCGGCUCCUUGCUGCCUUUCCUGCGCUUCUCCCUCCGGGAUUACGGUUUCUGCAUGGCCACCCUUUUCGUCUUCUGCUUGGGAUCCCUCUUCUAUCAGCUCAACGGGGGACCCCCUCGCUUCCUGCUCGACCUGCAGCAGUAUUUGGGUAAUUCCACUUAUUUGGAUGACCAUGGACCAUUCCCUAGCAAGGUACUUCCUUUUCCCAGCCAAGUGGUAUAUAAUAGAGUUGGAAAGUGUGGGAGUCGUACUGUAGUCUUACUUUUGAGAAUCUUGUCAGAGAAACAUGGAUUCAAUUUGGUUACAUCAGACAUUCAUAACAAAACCAGACUGACCAAAAAUGAGCAAAUGGAAUUGAUUAAAAACAUAAGUACCGCGGAACAGCCCUAUUUAUUCACUCGUCAUGUUCAUUUUCUCAACUUCUCCAGAUUUGGAGGAGACCAACCCGUGUACAUCAACAUUAUUAGAGAUCCUGUCAAUCGCUUUUUAUCAAACUACUUUUUCCGUCGAUUCGGUGACUGGAGAGGGGAACAGAACCACAUGAUCCGCACACCAAGCAUGAGACAGGAAGAACGAUACCUAGAUAUUAAUGAGUGCAUUCUUGAAAACUAUCCUGAAUGUUCCAACCCAAGAUUAUUUUACAUCAUACCAUAUUUUUGUGGACAACAUCCAAGAUGCAGGGAGCCAGGUGAAUGGGCCCUUGAAAGAGCAAAAUUAAACGUGAAUGAACAUUUCCUGCUUGUGGGGAUCCUUGAAGAGCUGGAAGAUGUGCUGCUUUUACUGGAAAGAUUUUUACCUCAUUACUUCAAGGACGUGCUCAGUAUCUACAAAAACCCAGAACAUAGGAAACUUGGGAACAUGACUGUGACAGUAAAAAAGACCGUCCCUUCUCCUGAGGCCAUUCAAAUUCUCUACCAACGCAUGAGAUAUGAGUAUGAAUUCUACUACUUUGUCAAAGAGCAGUUCCACCUGCUCAAGCGCAAAUUUGGACUCAAAUCUCAUGUCAGCAAGCCACCUGUGAGACCACAGUUCUUUAUUCCUACUCCACUGGAAACUGAGGAACCAAUAGAUGAUGAGGAACAAGAUGAUGAAAAAUGGUUGGAAGACAUCUACAAGAGGUGAUGCAAAGACCAUGUCAACAUCUAAUGGACUCAUCCCUCUUUCUUGAGAGUUUAUUUGUUUGUUUCAAAAAGAAUCCAUAAGGGACUAAAUUAAUGCACAGUUGCAUUAAAAAAAACAUUCCCACAUGAUGGGGUGAAUGGGAGAUACCCGGUUUUGCGGGUUUUAUUUGUUUAAUUUUAUUGUCUGUUUUUCUUGGCUCCCUAGGAUCCUUUCUAGGACAACCUAGAUGGCUCCAACUCAAAACAUCUCAUCAUAAAAUAGCUUUCCUCAGUGUGUUUGGGAAAGGCAUUCUGUCUUCAAACAGCCUGCCAUUUGCAAAAUAACUUGUACAAAAUAUCAAUUGCCUCCAUGGUAAUAGAGGCAUCUCAAUCCAUCUCAACAAGAAUACAAGUCAGUUUUUUCAAAGUCCAGAGCAAUUUAAAAAUCAUAUAAUCGUCCAGGUCACAAAGGAAAUAAGACAGCCAGCUUAGGUCACAAUAGAAUAUAAUUAGGAAGCAUUUCCUAGAGUGAAUUGGACCCAUUAGUAUGGAUGAACUUUUGCCUUGGAAGGCCCAAAAUUUCAGUUGGCAAAUUGUCUCGUCAGUACCUUUGCUCUUGGGAAUGAGCACAGAACAAUUGCAUCGGCAUAAGUCUUUAAGCUCUUUGUGCCGAACAACCAACCAAUUCCAUGUUCUGCACUAUUUUAAAAGUUCAAAAUACAUGCUAGCUCCACUGAGAUAGCUAAUUUUUAAGAAUAUUACUCAUGGAUGAUAGUCACAUGAAUGAGAAAAGAAGUCAUUGGGGGAUCCCUAGGAACAUCUGAAGUCUUUAUGAACAAUUAUGAGAAGCACUUAAUGAGGUUUUGUGGCUUGAGGGUUCAUUAGGAAAUGGACUUAAUCUCAAAGUAUUUCUAGACACUAUAAAUAUCCUUCCUCUUUGCAUUGCUUUGAGAUGAAAUCCUAAAUUACCACCUUAGGUACAACACUUCAUGCCUUCUGAAGAAGUCCUACCCUUAAGGUCAAAGUCUAGUCACAGUGACUGAUUCUAAUCCUGCUAAUAAAAGCAAGGGACCAAGGAAAGGUAAAGCUUCUUUAAAAAAUAAGAGUUAAAAAUCUGAUGAGACUCUCUUGAACCAAUUAACAUCAAAGAAUUAUAAAGGCAGAACUAAAAAGGACCUUGGAGAUUUAUCUAGUCCAAGGGUUCUUAGACCUUUGUGUGUUAUGGACCCCCUUGGGCAGCCUAGUAAAGCCAAUAGACUCCUCAGAAUAUUAGCUUUAAAUUUAUAAAAUGAAUCAAUUCAAAUAUAACCACAAAAGUAUUUUUAAGUCCAUAGACCUUAGCCUAAGGGCCCCUGAUCUAAUCCAAUCCUUUCAUUUUACAGAUGAGAAAACUGAGACUCAAAGAAUGGCCCAAAAUUAUAGAGGGAUUAAGUGGCAAAGUCAGAAUUCUAACUCAGGUUCCCCAGGACCAAAUCUAGCAGUCUUUCUACUCAAUCUCCAAUACUAAUUCAAACAAGUUCUCUAGCACCAAAUCUAGCAGUCUUUCUACUCAACCCUCCAUACUAAUUUUGUCUCUAUUGCCUCAGUAAGGGGUUACUUUCAUAGACAAAGGUGAUAACUUCAGUAGAACCACAGUUGGUCCCUAGCAAAAGAAAUAGUCUUGUACUGAUCACCUCCCCAAAGUAGCUUUUCCAAUAGAAGACCACCAUAACAAGAUUUAUGUGACACUAGUUGAGAACCCAUUGCUGAAAUAUUUUUCCACUGUCCUUAUUUCUAAUAUUAUACAAUGUGAGAUAUAUUCUUUUGAAUUAAAAAGUAAAUAAUUCUAGGAAAGGUUAAAUUUUACUGAAAAUUACUUGAAAACAAAGAGAAGGGAGUAUGAAAAUAACUCUUCCAAGCAGGCCUGCAGAUGGCAGCAGCAGCAUAUUAGUGGGGUCCAGUUUAUACUAAAUCAAAUUUGGGGCUUUUUACAAACCACAUAUCUUGAAUUUCUGCAAACACAUAUAAAUCAUUCUUGGUUCCUCCCUCCACCCCCCACUUAAAUUGGACAGUAGUCAAGACCUAAAACAAGUCAUUUUACAAUAGCAAAGCUACUUUAUUAUGAGAUGUAUUAAGAAGUCUUCACAUCCACAGGAAAUCAGCUUGGCCUUGGACUAGCAUGUCUGUCUGAGCGUUACUUGGCAUUCUUAUGGGUGUGCUUUUCCAUCCUAAGAGGGAUGUAGUUAAGAAGAACUGUAGUGUUCAAGCAAGAUAAACAUUAGAAGAAAUGUUCUUAAAAGAGAAAUGUCCUUUGUGCUUAUUUAAGGGACUUAUACACUACCAUUAAGGUACCCUAACAGUUAAAAAGUGGCCUGGCUAAUAGUCAGGGUCAAAAUGAGAAUCUGCUGCCUUGUAGACUUUUAAGUGGUUUCUAUGAAAUUACACGUAAAGAGGAAUUAGUUUACACACUGUGGAAACUUAUGAUCAAAUAAGAAAAAAGUAUCCUCCCCUUUAACAUGAACAAAGAUGAUUUAAAUCAUGCCAUAAACAGAGCAGUGGAGUAGCAAGUCAUCAAAUUCAUUUGGCCCUUUUAUGGCACUUGCUUGGAAUUUAAUUCCAAUCCAUUAGUCAACUUCUCCUAUCGAUUCAAAGGCAUUUCUAUCUUGACCACUUUAUUACAAAAAAAGCAAAAACUGUUGACUGAUUUACUUGCUGGGCCUUAAUGUUAUUUUUACCUAACAAACUGCCUCUAAGUUAUGCGUCUUUCUCCCUCAAAGGCAAGGUACUCCGUAAAUUUAUUUGGCACUUAAGGAAAAGUCUCUCUGGCUCUGGGCCCACACACGGUUUGUACAUCGUGAAAUAUAUUGUACAUUUUACAUAGUUUAAUUUAAAAGAAAAUACAUGUUAAGCUGGUUAAUCUUUGACUGCCUUAUUUAUUAUAACUUUUCAGCACAUUCCAAGGUUUUAGUUACUCAGGAAGGAGUUAAUUAAAAUGAUUUUAUUUUAGUCUGCUGAAUAUUUUUUAAAAAGCAAAAGUCACUAUUAUGAGCCUUUAGCCUACUUUGUGUUGAGUGCUGUGUAAGUGCUUGUAAAUCUCUUUUUUUAGAAGAAAAAAAAAGUUUGGUGUUUGACAUUAAUGAAAAUAAGAAAACAUAUAAGGAACCAAAACAUUAGCUUAGCUGAAAUGAAAGCAAUCUGUGUUUGAGAUGAAAUGUUCUUUAACUUAUUCAGUACCCACAUUAAGGGUAAAGGAAUAUAAAUAAGUUGCCCCCCCCCAGUCUAUUGAUAGCUGAAAAUAAAAACUUUCAAUUCCAUAUAAACACAGGCCUUCAGCUUCCUUGGUUGGCCAGUCUUUCCUUCCCUUAAUGUGAUAUUGAAAUGAGACUCUACUUUGUCUGUAAGCUUUCACACAGACAUCAAAAGAAUUGAUUGAACACCUGGUUGUUUUCUCUACAUGGAAUAAUUGGUUUAAUUGCUAUUUCCAUUGAAUCAGCAAGUCAUUCCAGUGUCAGGAAAUCUCAGCCUGAAUCACAAUAUUUUAUGCCCAUCAGGUGAAUAACUUCCAAGCCUAUACAUAUAAGCAAUUAUAAGCAAUAAAAGGUAAAACAUUUCUAGCCUUGAAUUGACCACCUCAAACCCUUCCCUUUAGAGCAGGGAUGGGGAACCUUUUUUUCUGCCAAGGUCCAUUUGGAUAUUUAUAACAUCAUCUGUAGGCCAUAUAAAAUGAUCAAUUUAAAAACUCAAGUAGUGGAAGAUGGUUGGACCUAGCUUUCAGCUCAUCAUUGCCUGCAGUUACCUUGGCAAAUAAUUUCGCAGGCCAUGGGCCAAAUGUUCCCGACCUUGCUUUAGAGGAACUGAACCUUAGAAGGUUGUACUUACUUUCCUGAGCUGAACAGUAAUGAUAGCAGAAAUGCACUGACUGGAAAGUUUUAUUUCUGGGAUUCACUGAAACUUUCACAAAACAGAAAAUGGCUCUAUAUGUGUCUUGGUCACCAUAAACAUGAGGGUAUUUGGUGAGAUCUUAUUUAAACAGUGUAAUGUUCACUUCCUACCAGGGAAACAAUCUACCAUACAUUGACACUAACUGGAAGAAUAAGUUAUUGUUCAAUCAGAAAGUGCUUUGUGAUAAGAAAAAAUAAAUUAGUUGAGUCUCCAAUGAUGAGUAUUAAGGAGUGGCCUUUCCUUGCUCUUGAAUGUUGUUCUGUAAUCCAGAACAAUAAUAAGGAUCUGAGGGGUCUUUGAAUGUACUCCUUUACAAUGAAGUAAACCAAUAAGCAGUAACUGCAGUGAAAGAAACUCAGGAUGUUUGAAAUUAGGGUGAUGUAGGGAAUGGUUUGAUUUGUCCAUAGGUUUUAUAAUCAACCAAGCCAGCAUUUAUUAAGUAAUUACUAAGUGAUACGUACUGUGCAAGGCACUGGGCCUUUGAUUUUGUUGUACAGGAAACUUCAAAGUGAAGAAAUUCCCUCAACAGAUGCAGUUCAACACUUUUUUGUCAAGUUAGUCUUAGAGUUGCCUAAAUAUUAAGAGAAUAAGUGAUUUGUCUAAUCUUUUACAACAAGGCUAUAUCAGAGGAAAGAUAUGUAUUCAGGUCUCUCUCACUUCAAGAUCAGCCCUCUAUCUAUUAUAUGUGUAUAAAGAGAGAAAUGGAGGUAGAGAAAGAGAUAUAGAGAUAUCCAGAGGCAUAUAUAAAAUGUAUAUAACUCAAGGUAAGCUUGAAAAGGAAGACCCUCACAGUGAGGAAAAUCAAGAAAGGUCUCACACAGUCUUGAAAGAAACUGAGAAUUCUAAGAUGAAGAGAUAAAGGUGAGGAAAAUACUAUCCUGGGAAUGAGAGAUGGCCAGUGCAAAGUCAAGGAAUCAAGACAUGGAUUGUC